GGAGGAGGAAGCGGACGUUUGCGGAUGUCGGCGACGGGGCCCAUCAGUAACUAUUACGUGGACUCGCUCAUCUCCCACGACAAUGAAGACCUCCUAGCGUCCAGGUUCCCGGCCACCGGGGCUCACCCGGCCGCCGCCAGACCCAGCGGCUUGGUGGCCGACUGUAGCGACUUUCCGUCCUGUAGCUUCGCGCCCAAGCCGGCCGUGUUCAGCACGUCGUGGGCGCCCGUGCCCUCGCAGUCGUCCGUGGUGUACCACCCGUACGGCCCCCAGCCCCACCUCGGCGCCGCCGACACGCGCUACAUGCGGACUUGGCUCGAGCCGCUGUCCGGCGCCGUCUCCUUCCCCAGCUUCCCGGCCGGGGGCCGGCACUACGCCCUCAAGCCCGACGCCUACCCCGGCCGCCGCGCCGACUGCGGCCCGGGAGACGCUCGCAGCUACCCGGACUACAUGUACGGCUCGCCCGGGGAGCUGCGCGACCGCGCCCCGCAGACCCUGCCCUCGCCCGAGGCGGACGCCCUCGCCGGCAGCAAGCACAAAGAGGAGAAGGCCGACCUGGACCCCAGCAACCCCGUGGCCAACUGGAUCCAUGCCCGCUCCACAAGGAAGAAGCGCUGCCCCUAUACCAAGUACCAGACGCUGGAACUGGAGAAGGAGUUUCUCUUCAAUAUGUAUUUAACCAGGGACCGUCGGUAUGAGGUGGCCCGGGUUCUCAACCUCACCGAACGGCAGGUCAAAAUCUGGUUUCAGAACCGAAGGAUGAAGAUGAAAAAAAUGAAUAAAGAGAAAACCGACAAGGAGCAAUCCUAA